UCUACAUACAUUUUCCACCACAAACUCUGCGACGAAGAUCCGGACUUUGGUGGGGAACAGAGGCCAAAAUCCAGUCCUGGAUUAAAAGGCAAAGAUCUGACACGACACUCACACACAGGAGCAGCUGAUCAAACAUCACAGGAUCUCUCACCCUCCUGCAGAGUUCAGUUCUACUCUGUUCGUCUCUCAGUCAUGUUAUCCUCGCUCGCCCUCCCACUCCGCCUCCGGCCUUCUUGUUUCCAAGGAAGCAGGCGCACCAUGGCAACUGUCGUCUCUGGCAUCAAGACGUCCAAGUUGGUGAAGGAGAAGCUGAAGCAGGAGGUGGAGACCAUGAGGACCCGGUUCUCAGGGUUCAGACCCAGUCUGGUCGUCUUACAGGUGGGAGACAGAGACGACUCCAACCUGUACAUCAGCACCAAACUGAGGGCUGCAGCCCAGAUUGGAAUCGAUGCGAAACACGUGAGGCUGCCGACGACGGCGACGCAGGACGAGGUCCUGCAGAGCGUCAUGUGUGCCAACGAGAACCCGUCCGUCCACGGUCUGAUCGUCCAGCUGCCUCUGGACUCCGUUAACCACAUCGACACCGACCUCAUCACCAACGCCGUCUCUCCAGAGAAAGACGUGGAUGGUCUGAGCUGUGUCAAUGCAGGGAAGUUGUCUCGAGGUGUCCUGAAGGACUGUUUCAUCCCCUGCACCCCCAGCGGCUGCAUGGAGCUCAUCAGACACACAGGCGUGUCUGUGGUGGGGAAACACGCGGUUGUGAUUGGUCGCAGUAAGAUUGUCGGAGCGCCGAUGCAUGACCUGCUGCUGUGGAACCACGCCACCGUGACCACCUGUCACUCAAAGACCGCAGACCUACCUGACCAGGUGGGCCGAGCCGAUAUCCUGGUGGUGGGGGCGGGAAGAGCAGAGAUGGUGAGAGGAGAGUGGGUGAAGCAGGGAGCCGUGGUCAUCGACUGUGGGAUCAACUACAUAGCAGUGACAGAUAAGACGAAGGCGAGCGGGAAACGGGUCGUCGGCGACGUCCACUACGCCUCAGCCAAUCAGAGAGCAGGAUUCAUCACACCUGUUCCAGGAGGUGUGGGGCCGAUGACGGUGGCCAUGCUCAUGGAGAACACGGUACAGAGCGCUCAGCGUUUCCUCCUGAAGAAUCAGCCGACGAAGUGAAAAAACGACACUGCAGGAAAAACUGAGAGGUGAAAAACAUGGGCUCUGAGUGAAGACACAUAUUUUACGUCCAUAAUCAGAGAAUAAAACAACUAAAACAAGAAGAAGAAAUGAAAUCUACUUGUUGUUGACUGAGCCUGUCAGUCCGAGCUCAGGGUCACACUGUCCUGACAGUCUGAACUCAGGGUCACACUGUCUCCUCUCAUCUUCAGCAGCAGCUGUUUGUUCAGGGGUCAGAGGUCGUUGUCAUGGAAACCAGCAGUUUCCUACUGUGACACCAUGAAGUACCUGAUCAGAGGGACGUUCGUGUUUCUGAUGAAUCAGUUUAAUAAUAAAACUAAAUCAUCUCAUUUUUAUUCUGUUCGUCUGUUUGUGCUGCUGGACGCAGGUCGGGGGGGUUUAAUAAGAAACGAUUAACAGAAGCUUUUGAAUCAGAACAAACAGUUUGUGGAGGUCGUGCAGCUGACGGCUCGUUAGUGUUCAAACAAACAGGAAGUCGCCGCCAGAAUAAAAGCUUGUGACUGUCAGAGCCUCCAGAUAGAAAGUCGUUAGUAACUUUAAACAUGUGAAGAUUUAAUUCAUCGCUCAGCUGAAUUUUAAUGUUUUUAUUCAUAAUAAUAAUAAUAAACUCUGUUUGCAUCACAUGUUUGAAGAAAAACAUCAUAACGACCGUCUUCAGUUAUUGACUCUAUAUUAAUGAGCUGGUUUGUUUUGUCUUUUAAAAACUUUUAAAUAAAGUUAUUCUUGUUA